CACCGCUUAGGUGGUUAUUAGCACUUUCUGACCGCAGAUAUUUUAUCCUGCGCCCCCAGGUGUCUGGUGCUGACCUGAAGGCUGGGACGUGAUCCGCGGGAGAGCAAAACCCAUUGUCUCUGCUCGCAAGGAGUUUCCAUUCCAGCCAGUGAGGUACGCGGAGGUAGCCGGUGUGAAUGAGUAAACACCAGUACAUACAAACGGCAGUACGAUUUUGAAGAAAUAACAAGUAGGACAUAAGAUGGCCAGUGUCGCCAGAGAAGGCUUCAGAAGAAGUGACAUUCAAGCCAAGACAAAAGGAUAGAAAAGAGCGAAACCAGGCAAACACCAGGAUAGAGUGUUCCACAGAGAAAAGCAUGUGCAAAAAAUCUAAGUUGACUUGGCAUGUUAGAGCAACUGAAGGAAGGCCUGGCUGGGCGCGGUGGCUCACUCCUGUAAUCCCAGCACGUUGGGAGGCUGAGGCAGGAAUGAUCGCUUGAGCCCAGGAGUUCGAGACCAGCCUGGACAAAAUGACGAGACCCGUCUCGACCAAAAAUUUAAAAGCCGGGCUCCGUGACCCGUGCCUGUGAUCGCACCACUGCACUAGGUGACAGUGAGACUGCUUCAAAAAAAGAAAAAGAAAAAAGGCCAGUGACAGUGAGACCAGGGCUGAGUUAAAUGAGGGGAGAAUGGAAGGUGAAAAGUUGAGAAAGUGAGGUCGGUGGCAGAUCAGGACUUUUGGUUAUGGAAAAGAAUUUGGGCUGUAUUCUAACUGCAGUGGAAGCCCUUUAACUCCGUUCGCCUGCCCCCUUCAUUAGGGAAAAAUCUUAAGGGAGAAGAAAAGGAGAAGUUCAAGAACUGAGCCUUGGUGAAUACAGGCCUUUAAAAGGCCUUCUGGCCAACGUUAAGAGCUCAUUUGAUAUUUGAGUUUGGAAACUGUUCUUCAGGUGUCCGCUUCCAGUAGCCGACCGAUAACCGUCUUAUAGAGCACUUCCGGCUUCAUCUGCCACUCGCUCCUCCGUCUACCUAGCUGGGCUUUCCAUCGCGCUAGCGGAAAGCCUACCCCGCCCCGGAACUUAACCGUUGACGAAAUGAAAGGUUUAAAUCCUCGGAACCUUGAUCCUGGAGCGCCGAUGGCGCCCGCAGUUCUCCAAGAAGACUUGGGAUUGGUCGAGCACAGAACCAGUGCGGGGCGCUGAUUGGUUGGCACGCCAGUACGUAACGGCGACCGUGCGCGGCGCUCUAGCGCCACCCCCGCUCCCUGACUGGCGGGGUUUCUGACCAGUCAGCAGGCGCGGCGCGGCCUUCGGUUUCGCGAGCCUGUGUUUGCCGCCUAGGUUCCCGCGACCCCAACGUCCCAGAGGCGGUACCGGAGUUGGUGGUGAGGCGGUAGUGCUCCCUGGAGCCGGCUCCUGCUUCUACCCUACAAACAGACCUCAGCUCAGCGGAAGUUGCGGAUACUGAGGAUUUGAAAUUAAAGAAAUCAUUCACCAGACAUUAUGGAGCCUAUAUAUCCUCUUGCAUGGCCCCAGAUGAAUACCAGGUUUCUUUCAAGCAGGAUGGUACCUUUCCACUUUCCUCCGUCAAAAUGUGCACUUUGGAACCCAACGCCAACUGGAGAUUUCAUCUACUUACAUCUCAGUUACUACAGAAAUCCAAAGCUUGUAGUGACUAAAAAGACCAUCCGACUUGCUUAUCGUCAUGCUAAACAGAAUAAAAAAAAUUCAUCAUGCUUUUUACUUGGUUCUCUGACAGUAGACGAAGAUGAAGAAGGUGUGACAUUGACAGUAGAUCGCUUUGAUCCUGGUCGAGAAGUACCUGAAUGUCUAGAAAUAACCCCUACUGCUUCUCUUCCUGGGGACUUUUUGAUUCCAUGCAAAGUUCAUGUUCAAGAACUUUGUUCAAGAGAAAUGAUAGUUCACAGUGUAGAUGACUUCAGUUCAGCUUUAAAGGCUCUACAGUGCCAUAUAUGUAGCAAAGAUUCCUUGGACUGUGGUAAGCUGCUUUCCGUAAGAGCUCAUAUCACUUCCAGGGAGACUUUGGACAGUGUGGAAUUUGACUUGCAUUGGGCAGCAGUAACUCUAGCAAAUAACUUCAAAUGCACACCUGUGAAGCCCAUCCCCAUUAUUCCAACAGCUCUGGCAAGAAACUUGAGCAGUAAUCUGAAUAUUUCUCAAGUUCAAGGGACUUAUAAAUAUGGAUAUCUUACCAUGGAUGAAACACGCAAAUUGUUACUUUUGUUGGAAUCUGAUCCCAAGGUUUAUUCUCUACCAUUAGUGGGAAUUUGGCUGUCUGGAAUUAUACAUAUCUAUAGUCCUCAGGUGUGGGCUUGCUGUUUGCGAUACAUAUUCAAUUCUUCUGUUCAAGAAAGGGUUUUUUCAGAAUCUGGAAAUUUCAUCAUAGUUCUCUAUUCUGUGACACAUAAGGAGCCUGAGUUUUAUGAAUGCUUCCCUUGUGAUGGCAAGAUACCUGACUUUCGGUUUCAGUUGCUAACCAGUAAGGAAACGUUACAUCUUUUCAAAAAUGUUGAACCUCCUGACAAAAAUCCAAUCCGUUGUGAACUGAGUGCUGAAAGCCAAAAUGUAGAAACAGAGUUUUUCAGUAAGGCUUCCAAGAAUUUUUCAAUUAAGAGGUCUUCCCAAAAGUUAUCUCCUGGGAAAAUGCCAAUACGUGAUCACAACUCUGGUGUUGAAGAUGAAGAUUUUUCUCCAAGACCAAUUCCUAGUCCUCAUCCAGUGAGUCAGAAGAUUUCUAAGAUCCAACCAUCAGUUCCUGAACUUUCACUUGUGUUGGAUGGCAAUUUCGUAGAAUCAAACCCUCUGCCUACUCCAUUGGAAAUGGUGAAUAAUGAAAAUCCUCCUUUGAUUAACCACUCGGAACACUUGAAGCCUUUGCAACCCCAGCUUUAUGAUGAGAAACACAGUCCAGAAGUUGAAGCUGGAGAGCCUUCCUUGAGAGGAAUACCAAAUCAGUUAAACCAGGAUAAACCAGCUCUUUUGAGACAGUGCAAAGUAAGACAGCCACCUGCCUGUAAGAAAGGGAACACCCAUAGUAGGAACACUGUUAAACCAUCUUCUCAUAAUGGAACAUCUCCUGAUAUAUUUGAAAAGCUCCAAGCAGUUUCUGCUGGAAAUGUACAAAAUGAAGAGUAUCCUAUAAAACCCUCCAAACUUAAUUCUAGGCAGUCUUCUCUUGCCCUGCAGUCCCAACCACCCAAUUUUGUUUUUUCACCCCAUAAUUCAGGAAGACCAAUGGAACUUCAGAUACCUACUCCCCCACCGCCAUCUUACUGUUCCACAAGCGUUUGCAGGUGUUGUCAGCAUCAUAGUCAUAUUCAAUAUAGUCCGCUAAAUUCUUGGCAAGGAGCAAACACAGUUGGAUCCAUUCAAGAUGUCCAGUCUGGAGCCCUUCAAAAGCAUUCACUAUUUCACCCAAGUGAAUGUCCAGCUCUGAACUGUAAUGCAUUCUGUUCUUCAAGUAGUCCUAUAACCUUGAGACCUCAGGGAGGUAUGGACAGUUGUUCUCCCCACAGCAAUAUAGAACCAUCGUCUGUGGCAAGACUACCUUCACAUAUGGACUCAUGUAACCCACAGCUUUGCACAGUGUGCAUGCACACACCCAAGACUGAAUCAGAUAAUGGAAUGAUGGGACUAUCUCCAGAUGCAUAUCGGUUUCUCACAGAACAAGACAGACAGCUGAGACUACUUCAGGCACAGAUUCAGCGUUUGUUGGAAGCACAGUCUCUGACGCCCUGUUCCCCUAAGACAACCACCAUUGAAGACACAGUGCAAGCUGGAAGACAAAUGGAGUUGGUUUCCAUGGAAGCACAGUCUUCCCCUGGCUUGCACAUGAGAAAAAGUGUAAGCAUUGCUGUGAGCACAGGUGCUAGCUUGUUUUGGAAUGCAGCUGGUGAGGAUCAAGAGCCUGACUCUCAACUGAAGCAAGAUGAUACCAAAAUUUCCAGUGAGGACAUGAAUUUUUCUGUUGAUAUUAAUAAUGAAGUCACAAGUCUUCCAGGUAGUGCAUCUUCAUUAAAAGCAGUUGAUAUUCCCAGUUUUGAAGAGAGCAACAUUGCUGUGGAAGAAGAAUUUAACCAGCCACUUUCUGUAUCCAACAGCUCUUCUCUAGUUGUGAGAAAAGAACCUGAUGUACCUGUGUUCUUUCCAAAUGGCCAGCUGGCAGAAAGUAUAAGCAUGUGUUUACAGACUGGACCAACAGGGGGUGCCACUAACAAUUCUGAAACAUCAGAGGAACCAAAAAUUGAGCAAGUAAUGCAACCCUUGCCUCAUCAACCAUCAGAUAACCAGAAAAUUUACCAGGAUUUAUUGGGUCAAGUAAACCACCUGUUGAGUAGUUCCUCCAAGGAAACUGAGCAGCCAUCUACCAAAGCAGUAAUUAUCAGUCAUGAAUGCACCAGAACCCAAAAUGUUUACCAUACAAAGAAAAACACACAUCAUUCAAGACUGGUGGACAAAGAUUGUGUUCUUAAUGCAACUCUUAAGCAACUAAGAAGCCUUGGAGUAAAAAUUGAUUCUCCCACUAAAGUGAAGAAAAAUGCACAUAACGUGGAUCACGCCAGUGUGUUGGCAUGCAUCAGCCCAGAAGCAGUGAUCUCUGGAUUAAACUGCAUGUCAUUUGCUAAUGUUGGCAUGAGUGGCUUAAGCCCCAGUGGUGUGGAUUUGAGCAUGGAGGCAAAUGCUAUAGCUCUGAAAUAUUUAAAUGAAAAUCAGCUGUCACAACUGUCUCUCACUCGAUCAAACCAAAAUAAUUGUGACCCAUUCAGCCUUCUCCAUAUUAAUACAGACAGAAGCACAGUAGGGCUUAGUUUAAUUUCACCAAACAACAUGUCAUUUGCAACCAAAAAAUAUAUGAAGAGAUAUGGACUCCUACAAAGCAGUGACAAUAGUGAAGAUGAAGAGGAGCCUCCCGACAAUGCAGAUAGCAAGAGUGAACAUUUGUUGAAUCAGAACCAUACAUCCAUACCUGAACAGCUUGGUGGUCAGAAAGAGCCUUCUAAGAAUGACCAUGAAAUAAUUAAUUGUUCUAACUGUGAAUCUGUGGGCACCAACGCAGAUAUGCCAGUAUUAAGAAAUAUUACAAAUGAAGUUUUGCAGACAAAAGCAAAACAGCAGUUGACUGAAAAGCCAACUUUCUUAUUAAAGAACCUUAAACCAAGUCCUGCAGUGAACCUUCGAACCGGGAAAGCAGAGUUCACUCAACAUCUUGAGAAAGAAAAUGAAAGGGACAUUGCAAUUUUUCCUGAAAGUCUGCAACCUUCUGAAACUCUAAAGCAGAUGAAUAGCAUGAAUUCAGUAGGCACCUUCUUAGAUGUAAAACAUCUCAGACAGUUACCAAAAUUAUUUUAA